AUGCCAACGGUAACGCGUUCUCUUUCAACUGCUCCUCUCAAAGAUGUCUACCAAAAGGAGCUUUUGCAGAUGCUUGAUGCUCAUCGUGGACCGAAAGCCAUUUACUGGGAACGUGAAGCCAUUCCUCCAGUUAAUCUCAUUGUCGGACAUUCAUUGCUCAAGGACUUUAGCUUACGAAACAAAGAAAACAGCCUGUUCAACUUUGCCAAAGGCCUUAUGAAAUUCCAGUCCGUCUACGGUCUUUUCCCCCGGAUACGUUCCAAAGGACCCAAAGCUAAGCGAAUCGCGGAAAUGCUUUCGCAGAUGCGACAGGAAGCGAUGGCCACAGCCAAUCUGGACGCUCCGGCCAGACAGGAAGGCACCGUGGUACAGCCGUUGGAGUCACCCGGCCAGACCGACCUCCUUAUCAUCAUUGAUCGCAGUGUUGACGCUCUGACCCCGUGUCUCAGCCAACUCACUUACGAAGGUCUCAUCAAUGAACUUUGGCCUGUCAUGCAUGGCAAGUCGGCGGUGAUUGUUAUGUACGGCCCAGAGCACAUGAUAACGCUGAAUAAUCUGCGCAAGCUCGGUCUACUGGAGGAGAGCUCGCGGCUAACCCUCAUUGCAAGACCGACAGGUGGUCCUGCCGACAUCCUCUCAGGUGAUACGAGCACAGCAGUGCGUCGCACAAUUGCGUCUGUUUCGCUGGCCUACGCGAGCACCCUCCGUAGAAGCCUUCGGCUUCACGUGACAGAUGAGACUCCACCGCCGCGGGAAGAACAGAACCUGGAUGCUGCCUUCGCGCGUAUUUUUGGGGGUUGGGUACCAAUCAGUGUGCGCUUGGUGCAGGCCAUGACCCUCGGCUGGCCCACGCGUCCGCUAAUAUCAACCACCUCUGGCACGGGUGGGGCACUCCUCUCGAACGCCGCCUCCACGGCUCUUUAUGCUGGACGUAGGCUCGUCUCCCACGUUCAGGCAGCGAGUGCUAGCAGCGGCAGUUACGUGACAGAUCUCAUACCAGCAGUGGAGGUGGACGAAGUGCAGAAUCCUGGAGAGACCGGGAUAUCUUCGACAGGCGCUGGUCUGAUCAAACGCCCAACGCCAAGUGCGGGCCCCGAAGGCAGCAAGACGGUUGUGAUAGCUUUCGUCGGUGGAGUGACCCAUUCUGAGCUGGCUGCUCUCCGCAAAGUAGCCGCAUACGAUGAAGGUAAACAAUUAAGAAGCCCUACACCUCCAGAUCUGAAUAAGAGACAAAACCUCGGCGACCACGCCAACGUCUCCAAACACACCACAUUAACAGCAGAUGCGUAG